AUGUCUCAUGCGAUGGAGGAUAACGCUUUACAUCAGCUACAACAAGAACAGUCCAAGCUUCUGGAUAAGGUCGAUGAGCUGCGCACCAUCGGCGUCGGUAGCCUCGUGGAACUGCCCCAGCUGAUUGUUUGCGGCAAUCAGUCAAGCGGGAAAAGCUCCGUCCUCGAAGCCAUCUCUCGCGUCCGGUUCCCGGCGAAAAGUAAUGUCUGUACACGGUUCGCGACUGAGGUGAUCCUGCGACGGAAUGCGUCAUUCUCUAAAAUCAAGGUGUCCAUUGAGCCCGGUCCUUCUCGCACAGACGAGGACGAGCGACGGCGACUCCGGAGUUUUGCUUAUGAGGACCUCUCUAAUGGCAAUGACCUGCCCCCCCUGAUCGAGAAGGCAAAGGAGCACAUGGGAAUCACAGAGUCGGUUAACGCAGGCUUCAGUGAUGACGUGCUCAAGGUCGAGAUUUCAGGACCGGACAAACCGGAGCUGACUCUCGUUGAUCUGCCCGGCCUGUAUUACUCUACUAGCCAGGAGCAGGACUCACGGGGUAUUCUGAUAGUUCGCAAGCUGACGGAGAGAUACAUGAACAAUCCAAGGAGCAUUAUUCUUGCUGUGAUCAGCGCAAAAACCGAUUACCAUCUUCAGGAGGUCUUGAACAUUGCGGAACGAUUUGAUCCAAAGCGCGAGCGCACGCUUGGAAUCAUUACUCAACCCGAUAUUCUGGAGGCGAAUUCGGAAGAGGAAGAUACUUAUCUGCACUUUAUCAAGAAUGAAAAGAUUCAUCUAGACCUGGGAUGGCAUGUCUUGCGCAAUCGGUCGUUUGAGACCAGGGCUAUCUCGGACGACGCCCGCGACGAGAUGGAGAAGGCGUUCUUCAACCAGGGACGAUGGCCAUCGCUCUCACGGGAAUGCGUCGGCAUCGAAAGUCUACGUCGCCGCCUUAGCAGCAUAUUGCUCAAGCUUAUCCGUCGGAAUCUUCCGGGGCUGAUCACAGAUAUCCAAGGCAAGGUGUCUGAUCGACAACAACGACUUUCGAAACUGGGGCCCCCUCGGUCCACUCUUCAGCAGCAGAGAGGCUACCUACUCAACAUUAGCAGUAACUUCGAGCGCAUCACUUUGCAAGCUUUGAAUGGCAUGUAUGCAGAUGAGUUCUUUGGUGGCUUGGAUGAUACAGGGAGUAUCGAAGACUUCCGACGACUAAGAGCUGUUAUACGCCAGCUGAAUGAAUACUUCGCAGACGCAAUGGCCAUUCGAGGCUACCGCAGGAAAAUAGUUGACCGGGGCCCAUUACCCAGCAUGGGUGACUUGCAAGUUGCUUUCGGGAAGCCUUACAUGGAUGACUGGAAACCAGAAUAUGUAGAGCGCCGUUCGAUCGAAGCAGAGAUCAGCAAGCAAGCACGCCACAACAGAGGCAUUGAGCUUCCAGGGAAUGCAAACCAACUUCUCGUGGGGAGCCUCUUUCGCGACCAGUCCAAACCAUGGGAAAGCCUCGCGAAAGGACACUUAAUAAAGGCUUGGGAGUCAGCGAGAUAUUUUGCCUUUCUCGUUCUACAACACAUUACUGACGACCAUACCUAUUCCUUGCUGGUUGGCUCAAUUAUCGAUGCAGAAUUCGAGAAAUUGAAGCAAGCAUUGCUUGACAAGCUUGACGAGCUGACCGCAUACACGAAGAGAGGUCACCCAUUGCCCGUGGGCAAGAGCUUUCUCUCACAAAUUCAGAAGGCCAGAAGCAAGCGUCAGCUAGAAUCGCUAGGAGCAAAUCUCCAAGCCAGUCGACAGGAUGAAAAGGGGGAAAAGUACUUUUCGAUGAAAGACCUCGAGCAAGCCACGUCGUCGACGGAAGCUUCCCGGGACGAAUUUGCAGCCGCCGAGAUCAUCGACCAGAUGGAAGCGUAUUAUGAGACUGCAAUUGUGACGUUUGUCGAUAAUGUUGCAACUCUAGGCAUCGAAAAUUGUCUUCUUGACCCUCUGCAGCGCAUAUUUACCAGCCAGGUUGUGAAUAACAUGGAUGAUAAUCAGAUCCGAGAACUUGCCAUGGAACCGCCUCAUAUACAUGAAGAACGGCAACGGUUAGGCCGUGAACUCGACAAAUUGCAAGCUGGCCUACGGGCCCUCAGCGUCUUCAACGCCCAGAAGCCGUCAUUGGGUAAUCCACCCUUAUUGACUGCCAAAGCUGCGGAACCGAGACCACCCUCUGUCCCUGAUUCGGCCAAGGCUUCGCCGGCGGCUUCUGGGAAUCUAUCUAAUACAGUCGUAUCCGAACAAAAGUCAGGUUUUGGUGGUUUUGGUGGCUUUGGUGCAACGUCAUCCGACAAAAUGCCUGUUCGCGGCCUUUUUGGUGCAAGCCCAUCUGAGCAGAAAUCUGUUUCUAGUGGCUUGGGUGCAUCCUCAUCUGAUAAAAUGCCUUUCAGCGGCCUUUUUGGUGCAAGCCUAUCGGAGCAGAAAUCUGUUUCUGGUGGCUUCGGUACAGGCACAUCUACGAGCAUCAGCACUAAACCUAUGACAGGCACUAGUACCGGUACCUCUACUACCGUCCAGCAGUCUGGCAUGGGCUCCACCAGCAAGAGGUGA